AUGAAUGUGGAUGAUGCGACCAAGGAAUUGACCGAUCUGUCUCUUGAGCCGGCUCCAUCUUACGAUGCUCCGGUGUACGACCAAAGUGGUGAAGAUCUGGUUGAACAUGGGGCAGAAAACGGUUCUGGGAUGCAGGAUGCCCAUUUCUCUUACCGGGAGAGUAAGCAGUUAUUUGACAGCGGAUCUAAACAAAUUGCAGUGGAUGAUCGGUUGGCUCCAUCGUCAAUUAUGGACCAGCCAACUUCGAUGCAGAGGGAGGAGAAGAAAGAGCCAGGGAGGCAGGAAUCUUACAAGAUGAGGUCACUUCCAGAUAGUGCUGCUCAGCAGUUUACCGAUGUUCCUUCGCCCGAAUUGGUUGGAUUGUACAAGAACGUAGCCGAAUGCCGUAAUUUGAGGGCCAAGUAUCAGGGCUUGUCAAUGCAAAGAAGUGAUCAGAAUCCAAAGAAUAAGCCAGGCUGGGUGAUCUAUCCUCAUCCUCCAAAACCUACUUAUGAUGCGGCCACAAAGACUGUGGUCAAAGUAGAGAACAAGCCAGAUUCUGAGGUGUUUGAUCUAUCGCAGUGCGAUAUACCGGGUGAGGAUAGCGAGUGGGAUUUUGGUAUCAAUGAGGAUGAUUCGUAUGCGGUUCAUCGCGCGGGUGCCCUAGACCAAGUUAUUGCUGAUAUACCAAGUUUACGUGACUACUAUUUGGAUCUGGACAAGCUGGUGUCGAUCUCGUCAGAUGGUCCUGCCAAGUCAUUUGCCUUCAGAAGAUUGCAGUAUCUGGAGGCUCGUUGGAACUUGUACUACCUGCUGAAUGAGUACCAGGAGACCAGUGUCUCUAAGAGGAACCCACAUAGGGAUUUUUACAAUGUUAGAAAAGUGGAUACCCACGUUCACCAUUCGGCGUGUAUGAACCAAAAGCACUUGUUGCGGUUCAUCAAGCACAAGUUGAAACAUUGUAGUGAUGAAAAGGUCAUUUUCAGAGAUGAUCAGGUGUUGACUUUGAACGAGGUGUUCAAAUCUUUAAAUCUGUCUGGGUACGAUUUAUCUAUUGAUACUUUGGAUAUGCAUGCACAUAAGGAUACUUUCCACAGAUUCGAUAAGUUCAACUUGAAAUACAACCCAAUAGGUGAAUCUCGUCUGAGAGAGAUCUUCCUUAAGACUGACAACUACAUUAAGGGAUCUUACCUAGCGCAGAUUACUAAACAAGUUAUUUCAGACUUGGAAAACUCCAAGUAUCAGAACUGCGAAUAUAGAAUUUCUGUUUACGGGAGAUCUAUUGAUGAAUGGGACAAGCUUGCUAAUUGGGUGAUUGACAACAAGAUUUUCUCUCACAACGUCCGUUGGUUGGUUCAAAUUCCGCGUCUUUAUGAUAUCUAUAAGAAGACAGGUACAGUCAAUACUUUUCAGGAUAUCAUAACCAACCUUUUCAAACCGUUAUUUGAAGUCACUAAGAAUCCACAAUCUCAUCCCAAGUUACAUGUCUUUUUGCAAAGGGUUAUUGGCUUUGACUCCGUCGAUGACGAAUCCAAGGUCGACCGUCGUUUCCACAGAAAAUACCCAAAGCCUUCAUUGUGGGAGGCUCCACAAAAUCCACCAUAUUCUUAUUACUUAUACUACCUGUACUCAAAUUUGGCUGCUUUAAACCAAUGGAGAGCCAAACGUGGGUUCAAUACUUUGGUCUUAAGGCCUCAUUGUGGUGAAGCUGGUGAUCCGGAACAUCUGGUGUCAGCAUAUUUGCUCGCUCAAAGUAUAUCCCAUGGUAUUCUAUUAAGGAAAGUUCCAUUCGUUCAGUAUUUGUACUACUUGGAUCAAAUUGGGAUUGCUAUGUCACCGUUAUCGAACAAUGCUUUGUUUUUGACAUAUGACAAGAACCCAUUCCCUAGAUAUUUCAAGAGAGGUUUGAACGUUUCACUCUCCACAGAUGAUCCCUUACAGUUCUCAUACACAAGGGAGCCUUUGAUUGAAGAGUAUUCAGUGGCUGCACAAAUAUACAAGCUGUCAAACGUGGAUAUGUGUGAAUUAGCCAAGAAUUCAGUGUUACAAAGUGGAUGGGAGGCUUCGAUCAAGGCCCAUUGGAUCGGAAAGAACUUCGAAGAUGACGGAGUCGAAGGAAAUGAUGUUGGAAGAACAAACGUUCCCAACAUUAGGGUUAACUAUAGAUGGGACACCUUAUCUACGGAACUUGACCUUGUCAAUCAUUUUGCAACUUUCAAAGGUACCGAAAACGGCUGUCAAGCUUGA